AUGCACGAAUGCUAUAGCUCAACCCUUGAAUAACAAACACAGGGUAUUAGUUGUUCCUUGGGGUUACGACCAAGACAUGAUGUAGAGAUUGAAAGAUGGACCAGAGAGGGCUGAGGUUAUUGCUUGAGCUCUGCAAGCCUUACUUCCUACUGACCCUCUUCCAACUCUGCCUUGCAAUCCUCAUGAGUCUUACUCAGUUACUUACCUCUAAAGGGAUCAGUGCUCUCACCCUCAUCGUCUAUGAGAGCAUCAUUUCUACUCUUGUUUUAUCUUCUCUUGCCUUCUUCCUUGAAAAAGGGAGAAGACCCCCACUUUCCUUUAAGAUACUAUGCUAUGGCUUCCUUGCUGGACUCUUGCAGUCAAGGUAACAUUGUGUCAAAUGCUAUUGACUGUAAGCCUGCAAUUAGUAGGAUCGACAUUUGAGAGCAUUGUUUUGAACUUACAGACAUCUAUAAUCUUUGUUUUGGCAUUGAUUUUUGGACAAGAACAAGUAAGCUUUCAGAAUUUUAAUGGACAGGCCAAGAUAUUUGGUGUGGCCAUCUCUGUUGGUGGAGCAUUGACAAUGGUGAUAUGGAAGGGACCCGCAAUAACAGAAUCGACAUUGUUAAGUAGUUCUCAAGCAUCAACAGGAAGAACUACUUUUGGCAGUAUCUUGGUCAUAGUUGCAGUACUUUCUACUUGCUUUUGGAAUAUUUUGGUGGGAAUUAUGGUAAUAGGACUCUCCUUCUAUGCGAUGAUAUGGUGCAUACACAAGAGAGGCCCAGUAUUUACAUCGGCAUUCAACCCACUUUUCAUCAUUUUCUCUUUUCUUUUAGAAACUUUUGUAUAUAAAAAUCCUGCACACUGGGGAAGCAUUGUUGGAGCAGUACUAAUAGUUUCUGGUCUCUACCUACUUUUGUGGGCUAAAGCUAGAGAUGCUGAGACAGAAGAGGUGAAGGAAGAUGAGCCCAUCAGCUCACCUUUGAUCCAAUCCUAAGAUAGUGCAAGUUUAUAUAUAGUUGAUCUCUUAUUACAAACAUUAGCUGCAUGAAUUAACGAUUAAGGAUGCAGAAUA